AACACGUGUGCAACAGAUAGAUAAUAAAUUAUUAAUUUUCUAUCAGCAGCAACGAAAUAAGGAAAAAUUGUACUCGUAUCUACAAUAAAAAAUGUUUUAUUUUAAGAAUAAUGUUUUUGUUUUUCUUAUCUAGUGCGCACGUCUUUAGGACUAAUAUUUUGUUGUUUUGAUGCGUAAGUAACUUUGCUAUAAUUCAUAAAAUUAAAAAGCUUUUUUUUUAUCAAAAUAUGUGCAAUUUCGCUCGCUACUAAAGGUUUUCAUGCUUUCAAACCAAAGUAUAUAAAAUAUAAAUAAAUACAAAUUGAAAAACAAUAUCAAAUAAACAUUUGAAGUUCUUAAGAUUAAAUCAAAUUACAAAAAAAUACAAAAAAACAUAAUGGCUUGCAAGGGAUGUAAUAACAACUGCCAAUGCUCUAACACCAAGUGUGGUGACAACUGUGCCUGCAACAAGGAUUGUCAAUGUGUUUGUAAGAAUGGACCCAAGGAUAAAUGUUGCGAAAAUAAAAACUAAA